GUCCCAACGGAGGUGGACGCGUCGCUGGCCUUGCGAAUCCCUCCAAGCCCGUGCCCAUUUCACACUCUCGCAUCCCUUUAACGAACACAGCAAAAAGCCCUACCAUGUCGGUCUAUCUUCCUCCGUCCGCGCUCCAAAAGUACCUGCUCUUUGUCGGCACACUGGCGUUUUACAACGGUGCGCAAUGCUUCUUCCCCAAAAUGCGAGUGACAAGUCGGAUUUACUCGGAAAAGAAGGGUGAAGCGACGGCGUUAAUGUCUCGAAUGAUGGGCCUCUGGACAAUUACCUCUGGUCUUGUUCGGGUGUACGCGGCCUGGAAUAUUCACGACCGAGUGCUGUACAAUCUGACAAUGUACACAUUUGGGUUGGCACUAUUUUCCUUCACAACUGAGGUCUUUGUCUACAAGACGGCAAAGAUUUCCAGCCCUGGAGUGUGGCCUGCCUUGCUCAUCUCUCCGAUAUCAUUGGCAUGGAUGUGGAACUCGUAUGCAGAUUUUGUUCGUGGAUAAAAGAUGUGGGCCAAAGGGAUGCAUUGACAACCUAGUUACAGGUGCAAAGUUCACCGGGAGGCAAAGAGAGCGACCAGUAGAUAGAUCCUGUAGCCCAUCGCACACAUUUUCGUUUUAGCCAUAGUCUAGAUGUCCUUUAGAGACGAUGAGUCCAGUCAUUCUUUUGUGUCAAAGAACAAACAAAGGUCUUGUUGGAAUAAAAGCGACCAUCUAGCAAACAAUCA